AUGGGGAAUAAUUCAGGAAAAAAAGAUGUCGAUCCGUGUCAAAAAAAUUUAGAUGAAUUAUUUUUUACAAUUUCGAAUAAGAAACCGAGCAUACAUCGUAAUGAAUUAAAAUCUCAUCAAAAUGAAUUAUCAUGUCAAACAUUUAAAAAAUUUUUUUUCGAUAUGUGUAAGGGAGGUGUAGAUGUAAAAGUCGAAGUAUUGAGCAAAUUAUUGGGGGGUGAAGAAAAUGGUAUUAUAUCUAAAAUAAAAUUAAUGAAUUUUGUCAAAAGUAUUUUAAACAGUAUUUUAAUUAUUCAAAAGUAUAAAGCAGUUAAGAGAUAUGAAUCGUGGAGUAGUCGAAUGGGUCAAAGCGAACCUGGAUCAUCAGUAAAUGAAUAUGCCAAUUACUUUUUGGAUAAAAUACACAAAAGUGAAGAAAAUCAGUAUUCGAAAAAUGAUCUAUACUCUUUGUUAAAUUAUUUCGAUUAUUUUCUCUAUAUGGUUUUAAGUAACUUGUAUAAUUCAGAAGACAGACAUUUUUAUUCGAAUUUAUUACCCAAAUACAAAAGUAGUCAAGUUGAUGUAGGAAAAAAAUUAAGUGAUUUUUCAGUAUUGAAUUUGCUUCAUGUGAUUUUUUUGAAUUUAGAAUUACCCGUUGAUUAUCAAAGCGAAUGGCGACCAUUGUUUAGUUCAAAAGUAGAUGGAGAAAGUUUUUCCAGACUUUUAGGUCAAAUUACAAACCAAGGUCCGACAAUAAUUGUGAUAAAAGAUAAGGAAGGACAUAUUUUUGGUGGUUUCGCUCCCUUCAGUUGGGUUCUGGGACCCAAUUUUUUUGGCGAUUCGAGAAGUUAUUUAUUUACUCUAUACCCCAAAAUGAAUAUGUUUCCUUCGACAAAUUUUAAUUCAAAUUAUCAGUAUGUUAAUAUUAAUCAACAAACAAUGCCGAAUGGAUUAGGUAUGGGUGGUAAAUUAGAAUAUUUUGGAUUGUGGAUUGAUUCGGAAUUUGGAAAAGGAUAUUGUAGUGAAUCUUGCACAACCUACAGAGAUUACAAAAUGAUGUCUGGCAGUAAAAAUUUUGAAAUAUCACAUUGUGAAGUUUGGGGAGUAGGUCCACCACCACUUUCACCAUCUGAACUGGGGGAGAGAAGCGUAUUGGAUACUAAUUUGGAUGCAAAAGCUAUACUUGAAAUGGCUGGGAAAACCACUUAUAGUGAAGGACUACGUGAAGAUGCUGAGACUUAA